AUGGACCGACCGCCAAAACCAACUUUGGAGAGCAUUCCGGAGAUUGACAACACCAGAGACUUGGGCGUGGCCAUGACACACGUCUUUAACGAUUGCCAGUUUGAAACAUUGGCCCAUAGAAAGCUCUUGGUGUUGAUGAAGCUGAUCUUCCAUCGAGCGCAUAGCAUACACUGUGAAGACUACUUUGGAGUGCGUUUCACACAGUUGGUGAAUCAUUCCCUCAAAUUGAAAAAGGGCGAGCCAACGGCUGAUCGAAUAGCCAAGUUUGUUGCGCACUUUGUCAGGAUCCUAGGUGAAGAAGUUGAAAAGAGCGAAACAUGUGAAACUAGUCAAAGGAAUGAAAAGGAAGAAACACGUGAAAAGGAUGGAGAUGAACGGUUUAAAACAGACCGCCUGGCGUCAGGAGACGCUUCCAUGAAUGAAGAUGCCCUCCGCGUCACCCAAUUCACAGCGCAUUUGAUCAAGCAUUUGAUUCGAGGGAUAGACGCAGCAAAUAAACUGGUGCGAUACCGAGUGACGCAGCUUCUUGCAUUGAUUACAAAAUACAUGGGGGACAUUGACAAGGAAACGUUUGAGCUUUUAUGCGUGUCACUAAUGUCACGCCUCAAGGACAAAGAGGUCCCCGUGAGAAUGCAGGCGGUGCUCGCGUUGUCGAAUUUUCAAAGUUACACCUUGGACUUGGACAGUGGGUUUACAAACGACUCGGAGGUAAAAGAUAAUAUUUGGUUGACUCUGCGGUUGGUGCGAUCGCUCAUGUAUGACGAUAGUGCCGAAGUUAGGAGAGCAGCGAUGCUAAACUUGCACAAGAGCGUGGACACUAUUCCUCAUUUGUGGGAAAGAGUCAAGGAUGUCAAUGCCAUUAAUCGAAGAAUCGUCUACUCGAAAAUCACGCCCGAGUUAGGAGGUAUGCAAAAUAUGAGAUUUGAGCACAGGCAGUAUUUGCUAACCUGGGGGUUGAAUGAUCGAGAUGAACGCGUGUCUCGUGCAGCAAUAAACCUAUUGUGCUAUACGUGGUUAGACUCGUGCGAGGGCAACGUGCUUGAGUUUUUGGAUUAUUUAAAUGUCACUGAGAGCUCAAUUGCUGAAAAGGCUAUAGGGGUCUUGUUUUCAGAGAGACCCGAGAUUGUGCAAAAGCUUAAAUUUGAUGAAAACUUUUGGAAGGCAUUGGACGUGAACAAGUCUUUCCUAUGGCGCAUGUUCUUUAAACACUGCGAGCAAAACAAGCUUUACGACUUGCUCGAUACAAACUUCCCUGAUGCAUUGGAAAUGUCCAACAUACUUAAAAAGUACUUGGAGGUUAAGCAAAAGAUACGAUCAGCUUACGCUCAUAUGCUUUUGAAAGAAGAGAAUCUCCAAAGUGAUUUAAACAGCCUCGAGAAUGAGCAAUUCUUGGUUGAAAGCGAGCACAUGAACAGCACUAGAAACCUCGAGAGUGUUCUUCGUCGCAUUGCCAGCGCCAAAGAAGCACAGAAGCGUGAGCGGAGUGGCCGCGAGAGGAAAAAGAUACGAAAGCAAAUAGAAGGUUUGCAAGAGAGUCAAAAGAAGCUCGAGGCAAGACUUGAACAGCUUCCAGCGCUUUUGAUCAAGCUCGAGGAAUCCAGGCACAGGAAAAUUCAAGAGUUUCAUGGUGAGCCGGACUAUGAGGUCUUUUCCGAAACUCAACGAGAUUUCAAUUUCUUGGUUAACCAGUUGCUUUUGAUUUGUGUGGAUUUCGAUUUGAGCGACGAAAUAGGGCGAAGGGCGAUGCUCAACGUGGUGAGGGGUCUGUUGAAUGAAAAGUCCUUGGAUGAUGCAAUGAUUAUUAACUGCCUCAAAAUUUUGAAAAAGAUUUCUGUCAGCGAAAGAGACUUUGUCGGUAUGACCGUUGAGAUAAUCACUGAUAUUAGAGAUAGUGGUGAUGACGUUGCAGCAGAAUAUUUUGAAAAUGAGCUUCAGCUGCAUGCGGCAACUCAAAACGACAGCGAGGUAGACGCCGAUAGCGACUCGGAUGAUGAUAAUCAGAGCCAGGGUCAGAGUCAGAACCAAAACCAGAGCCAGAGCCAGAGCCAAGGCCAAAGCAAGAGCAAGAGCAAAAGCAAAAGCAAGAGGCGUAAAAUUCAGCCCAGUAUACCCAACGAUGAGACUUUAUUACGUUGUUUAAACAUGACCAAGCAUGUGCUUCAGUUGGUGGAUGGGAAACUCGAACACUAUUUGUCAUUAAACUCGCUAUACACAGGCGUGGUCAACCACUGCUUGAAUCAUCCUGAGACGCCACUUUUGUACAUGGCCGGGUUGGAGUGCUUGGGGCUAUAUGCACUUUUGGACGAGAACAUUGCAAAAGAUGCUCUAAUGACAUUUUUCAGAGCCAUCAAGGUGUGCGGGGUCCAGCUCCAGAUGGUUAGUGCAAUAGGACUUUUCGACAUCUUUUCUGUCUAUGGUAUCGACAUUGUUGAGCCGGAAUCGAGGUUGCCGUUUAUCAGAUUGUUUUACAAGUUGCUACGGUCCGAGUCGCUGGAGGUGCAAGCCACGGUUGCCGAAGGUAUCAUCAAGUUAUUCUUGGCUGAUAUAUUUGAGAUCAAGAUCAAUCUCACCCGCGAAGAAGAUGGAAUAGUGGGCCAAGGACAUGAAGAGGGGGAGGGGGAAGAAGAAGACGAAAACAACCCGGUAAAGGAGAUUUUCGUGUCUUUGCUAUUGGCAUAUUUCAGUCUGUCGUCGUCUUCAAACCAUGCCAUGAGACAAAUCUUGGCCUUCUGCAUCCCAGUUUAUUGUUUCUCCCAUCCGAACCACCAACUAGGGUUUGCCUAUCUCGGGUCCGACUUGCUAUUGCAAGCGAUUCAAUUGAAGGAGCACCUUCAUCUCGGUACUGUUUUACCGCAAUUGAUUGCAUGGAGUGAUCCUCGGAAUUUGAUACAACUUUCGGAGGAAGAAAAGGAAAAGCAACCUAACCAGCUAGUAUUAGCGACUCGUUUGCUCGAGAUUUUUGUGGUGGAAGAGCUCACGAAAGAAGACAGGCGAGCAAUAGUCAAUAACGUUUCAAAAGUUUCCGUCUCAGCACAGGUUGAUUUGCAUUUUAUAAGUAAUUUACUAGACGAAGUUGAGAAAGUCAUUGAUCUCGUUGGCACUGGGCAGUUGGAAGAGGCGUUCCAACUUGACAGAUUUACGUUGAAAAACCUUCUGCUGUUGAAAGAGACUGUUGAGUCUCAAUUAGAAAAGGCCAAGGAAAGAGAAGAAAGGGAGAAGCUCAAGCAAACGAGGUCUAGAAGCGUGUCGUUUGCCCCUGAGGGUGAGGCAGAUGAAAGCUUACAAGUUGUGAGAGGAGACAUAAAAGUCAAGACGGAACCUGGAGAAGUUCUCGCAAGUGAAGUUCCCCCAUCAGAUAUGGAGAAUCCGUCGAGGGCAGAAGAAAGUGGUUUCCCGUUCAAGGGAGGCACUGAAGGUGAACUACUUGUCAAUCAAGCUGAAAGACGGCCCAAGGGACGUGUCUAUCCGGAUGCAUCAAACGAGACAGAUGCAGAGAAAUUGCUUGAUCCUGGCAAGGAAGAGGUUGAGAAAAAGGUCGAGGACGCAGAUGCAGAUGAAGCCGAGUUAACUGAAGGAAUUGAAGGUGAGGUAGAGGAGUUGAAAACUAUGGUAGAGUCUGCUACGUUAGCACCACCUAGUGGUAGACAGACAAAAGAAGCAGACUUGAGGGAGGAAGAAAAAACGGGGAUGGACGUUGGUUCAGACGAGCCAUCAUCGAGUCCAAAACCUGACUCCGGCCCUGAUUCCAGCUCAGACUCAGACUCCGACUCAGAUUCCAAUUCCGACUCCGAAGUCAUCUUCAAUUGA